AUGGUUUCCUUGACUAGGGGUACUAUUCAAAAGUGUGGAGGAGUUUUGAUAGAUGAUAAGACUGUUGUCACAGCCAAGCACUGUGUUCCUCAAAGUCAGGCUGCAGAGCUAAGAGAGCGUGCUGGAACUUUAUUCUUCUUUGCUGGGGAGCCUGGGCUUGUAUCUGAGAUUGCUAAGAUUAUCCAUCAUUCUAGUGAAACUGUUGAUCUGGCAGUUCUGCAUCUCAAAACUGCCUUUCCAAAAAGAAAAGAUGAUUCUAUUGAAAUUGAUCAUGCUGAGUUACCUGCUCAAGGAUCAACUCCUGCAAUUAGUACCACUGGUCAUGUUGCUGGUUGA